GGAGCCCUGGUUGGGGCUCCUGGAGCCAGCCCGGUGGUGCGGGGCAGGAGGGGAAGCGAGGGCGGCUCGGAGGGUGCCGAGUGGGGACGGUCGCGGCCAGGGUCUCCCAUCACGUGGUGAGGUCGGCGCUGCCUCCUUUCCCGCUGUGGGCAGCCCGGCGGUGAGAGCGCAGCCCCCGCGGGGUGAGGCCUCUCCUGGGGAGGCGGGGGUGCUGGAGCCUGGCCCUUCCCUGCAGCCCUGGGGCAGCCUGAAGUGAAGCCGGGAAGCAGACGCAGGAGGUCUGCGGGCAGGUGCGGAGCGGAGCGGGCAGGACAAGUCCCUCGCGUGGCCCAGGUCGGGACCAGGGGCGCGGUCGGUCGGCCCCGCAGGCGGUAAAGCAGCGGCGGCGGGAGGUGCAGGGGCGGGAGGCGAUGCAGGCCGUGCAGCCCCCUUCGGAGGCCGAGAUGCCCUUGGAGACCCCUCAGCUGGCAGCGGGGCGCGACCUCCCCACCCCAGAGACCUGGCGCCAGCGCUUCCGGGGCCUUCGCUACCUGGAAGGCGCGGGGCCGUGGGAGGUGUGCAGCCGCCUGUGGGAGCUGUGCCAGCGCUGGCUGGAGCCCCAGCGCCGCAGCAAGGAGCAGAUCCUGGAGCUGGUGGUGCUGGAGCAGUUCCUGGCCAUCCUGCCCCAGGAGAUGCAGAGCUGGGAGUGGGGGUGCGGCGUGGAGACCUGUGCGGAUGCUGUGGCCCUGGCCGAGGGGUUCCAGCUGGGGCAGGACGAGGACGAAAAUCUCCAGAUCACGACGAGUGUGAAGAUCAGGGCGGUAUCCUCACACAAGGUGCAGCCCGCUGGGGCACGGCAGGACCCUGGUGAUUCCUGGCUGGAGCCGCCGAAGGCCCAUCAUGGGAACAGGUCCCUGGAGGAGGCAGGACAGGGGGAAACCCCAGGGCAUGGGGACAAGCCACCUUUUGUCUCCAGAGAGGAGCCCUUACCCCACCAGGAGUCAGAUUCCCCUGAAACGGAGGAGACCUGGGAGUUGUCAGCAGAUGAAAGCUCCUCGGGCUGGUGCCCCAGACGAGGCCCUUCCUCAGGUGCAGGUGCUGGGACCCUGAGCAGAGUUGAGCAGCAGCAGCUUCCUGAGGAGGGACCUGUAAACCUGGAACUGCAGAGGACUUCCCCAGGAAGACUGGGGGAGAGGAGCUCCCUGACACCUGAGCCAGGCCAAGUGCAGAAGGGGCAGAGCAGGCCCCCAAAGCAGGAGGAGAGCUUGGAGCUCCAGGAGGUGUUUGAGGACAUGGCUGUGUAUUUCACACGGAAGGAGUGGGAGCUCCUGGAAGAUGAAGACAAGGUGCUUUACCGGGAUGAGAUGCUGAAGAAUUACCAAGCCCUCGUUUCCCUGGGAUAUCGAGGUCCCACACCUGCCUUAAUCUGCAGCAUCCAGCAAGGGCAGGUGGAGCUCUGGGUUUGUGAUGAUGAGGACAGUGGGGAAAUCUCAAGAUCACAGGACCUGCUGCCAGGAGGUGUCCAGAUGCUGAGCAGAGCUGAGGAGCAGCCUACUGCAGAAGGGUCUGCAGAUCUGGAGCCAGCACAGGCUUCCCCAGGGAGUUUGGGUGAGAUGGACUCCCUGAGACCUGAGAAGGAGCAAUGGCACAAGAGUCAGGGGAGGCUCCAAAAGCAGAUGGAGAAUGUAGCAAUGAACCAGCACAGGCACAUCCACCAAGGCAGGAAGACAUGCUGCUGCACUGAGUGCAGGAAGAACUUUAUCUGCUGGCAAGACCUAUCCCAGCAUCAGAGUGUGUGGCACCAUUGCACCAAGCGUGGGAAGAGAUUAAGGCAGCUCUCCAACCUGGCCAGGCACUGGUACAUGCACACAAGGAAGAAGUCACAUCAGUGCUCGGAGUGUGGGAAGAGCUUCAUCCUUUCGUCCAACCUGACUAAACACCGGCUCAUCCACACGGGGGAGAAACCACAUCAGUGCCUGGAGUGUGGGAAAAGCUUCAAGCAGUCUUCUGACUUGGCCCGGCACCAGAUUAUCCACACAGGGGAGAAACCAUAUCAUUGCUUCGAAUGUGGGAAAAGCUUCAACCGAUCCUGUAACCUGACCCAGCACCAGCUAAUCCACACAGGGAAGAAGCCAUAUCAGUGCUCAGAAUGUGGGAAAAGCUUCAACCGAUCCUGUAAUCUGGCCCAACACCAGCUAAUCCACACAGGGAAGAAGCUGUAUCAGUGCUCGGAAUGUGGGAAAAACUUCGACCGAUCCUCCAGCCUGGCCCAGCACCAGCUGAUCCACACAGGGGAGAAGUCACAUCAGUGCUCGGAGUGUGGGGAGAGCUUCACCACAUCCUUCUACCUGACCAAACACCAGUUCGUCCACACAGGGGAGAAAACACAUUGGUGCUCAGAGUGUGGGAAAAGCUUCAAGCAAUCCUCUGACCUGGCCCGGCACCAGAUUAUCCACACGGGGGAGAAGCCACAUCAGUGCUCUGUGUGUGGGAAAAGCUUCAAUCGAUCCUGUAACCUGGCCCAGCAUCAGAUGAUCCACACAGGGAAGAGGCCACAUCAGUGCUCGGAAUGUGAGAAAAGCUUCACCCGAUCCUCCAGCCUGGCCCGGCACCAUCUUAUGCACAUGGGGGAGAAAUUACAUCAGUGCUUGGAGUGUGGGAAGAGCUUCAUCCUGUUGUCCAACCUGACCAAACACCGGCUCAUCCACACUGGGGAGAGACCACACUGGUGCUCGGAGUGUGGGAAAAGCUUCAAGCAGUCCUCUGACCUGGCCCGGCACCAGGUUAUCCAUACGGGGGAGAAAACAUAUAAUUGCUUGGAGUGUGGGAAAAGCUUCAAACAGUCCUCUGACCUGGCCCGGCACCAGCUUAUCCACACAGGGGAGAAACCAUAUCAUUGCUUGGAGUGUGGGAAAAGCUUCAACCGAUCCUGUAACCUGGCCCAGCACCAGCUGAUCCACACAGGGGAGAAGCCACAUCAGUGCUCAGAAUGUGGGAAAAGCUUCAACCGAUCCUUCAGCCUGGUCCAGCACCAGCGUAUCCACAUGGGGGAAAAGUCAUAUCAGUGUUCGGAGUGUGGGAAGUGCUUCACCACAUCCUCCUACCUGACCAGACACCAGGUUAUCCACAUGGGGGAGAAACCACAUCGGUGCUCAGAGUGUGGGAAAAGCUUCAAGCAGUUCUCUGACCUGGCCCGGCACCAGGGUAUCCACGCAGGAGAGAAACCAUAUCAUUGCUUGGAGUGUGGGAAAAGCUUCAACCGAUCCUCUCACCUGGCCCGGCAUCAUCUUAUCCACAUGGAGGAGAAACCACAUCGGUGCUCAGAAUGUGCGAAAAGCUUCAAGCAAUUUUCCGACCUGGCCCAACACCAGAUUAUCCACAUGGGGGAGAAGCUACAUCAGUGCUCAGAGUGUGGGAAGUGCUUCCUCCACUCCUCCAAACUGGCCCAGCAUCAGUGCAUUCAUAUCCAGGAGUGUCCAUAAUUCUGCCAGCAACACAGGAAGGGAUUGAGGGUGUAUACCUGCUCAGCAUCCACCAGUGUAUAUAUCCAGGGAAGCAGUCUCAUGCUCGUGCAUUGCAGCAACAGUUCACUCUUCUUUCAGCCCUGCCAGGGCACUGUAGAACCCAAAAGACACAGAGGUUGGCCUCCCAGGUUCGAUGCAGGUGAAGGGUUAAGAGGCAACACCUCACACAGAGACCAGCCCAGAUGCUGGGGGAACCUGAGAGAUGAUCUUUGCAUCAGCCUUAAAGCCUGGGCCAUCCCCAUCAUUCUCUAAAAGCAGUCAGUGCUCCCAUGGGGAGAAGAAAUGCCUUCGCAAUUGGUGUCCUCCCCAGGACAGCUGGCUCCAAAUGACACUCGGGGACUUGUCUUUGGCCCAGCUCCAACUUCCCUCCUGGUCCCAAGAUUCUUGUUUGUGAGGCUCUAGAGUUGCAAGGAGGACAUUAUUCCUAGGGAAUCGUUCCCUGCCUUCCACCCUAACCAUGCCUUUCCUCCUCACCGCAUCACCCUUUUCCCAGGCCUGCACAUGCCGAUGGGGGUCUUCAAGAAACUUCUACUGCCACCCCAUGGAGAAGAGAGUGGGGUGUUACAAAAGUAGAUGCAUCAGCAUAUGUUGUCAGGGCCCUGAACAGGGUUGAAUAGGAGCAUAGGGAGGCCCCUAAGUCCACUAAGGCCCUCACUAGCCAAAAUGGGUCAUGCCUCGUGAAGUACAGCCAGCCUCAUUUGCUGCAAAGAGAAAGGCCAAAUGUCUGCUUCUGUCCCAGAGCAGCUCCAUCAAGUAAAUGGGAACAUGGGAGAGUCCAACUGAGACCCUGCUGAUGAAGUUAGGCCUCCACUUACACCCACGGCCACAGCCAUAGAUCCAUAGAUGUUAGGGUCGGAAGGGACCUCAAUAGAUCAUCGAGUCCGGCCCCCUGCAUAGGCAGGAAAGAGUGCUGGGUCUAGAUGACCCCAGCUACAUGCCUAUCUAACCUCCUCUUGAAGACCCCCAGGGGAGGGGAGAGCACCACCUCCCUUGGGAGCCCGUUCCAGACCUUGGCCACUCGAACUGUGAAGAAGUUCUUCCUAAUGUCCAGUCUAAAUCUGCUCUCUGCUAGCUUGUGGCCAUUAUUUCUUGUAACCCCCGGGGGCGCCUUGGUGAAUAAAACCUCACCAAUUCCCUUCUGUGCCCCGGUGAUGAACUUAUAGGCAGCCACAAGGUCGCCUCUCAACCUUCUCUUGCGGAGGCUGAAAAGGUCCAGUUUCUCUAGUCUCUCCUCGUAGGGCUUGGCCUGCAAACCCUUAACCAUACAAAUACCAUGUUAGGCUCCAGUUCCUAUUCGAUAGUGGCAUUCCCACCAGGAGGGAUAAAGCCAGUAGAUCUUCUCUUUUGAUUUCUCUCAUCUUGGUUCAGAGUCCAGAGACCUAAAUUGUAGCUGAGCAGGGUGAAGUUGGAGGUGGUGAUUUGGAGCCCAGCUGCACUUUCCACAUCUGGCAGCCUGUGUCAGGUUUAUUGCUAUCUAUUGCUAGCCCUCUCCCCACUCCACUAAGUAAAAACCUCCAGUUUUACUGGACUGUGGCAGCCUAGCGAGCCUUUGAAUAUCUGAAAAGGGCCUUCACCCCUGCCGAUUUGCUAGCUCAUCCAGAUUCAAUCUUGUCUUUGUGGUAGAAAGGGAUGCAUCCGGCACUGUAAUAUGUGUGGUGCUCUUGCAAUGGCAAGGCCCAGACCAAAUCCUGCAUCCUUGCCUCUUCUUUUCCUGCAAACCCACUUGAGCAGAAAAGAAAUCUUGAGAUCCUGACCAAUGAACUCAUGGGUGUUAGAGUGCCUUUUGGGAAGUGGUGGCAACGCUUUGAAGAGCCAUGGCACAAAGUACAGGUGCUUACAGAUCACAACCUGGUUGCUGACCUGCAUCCCCAGAAACUGGCACAAGAAGCAAGGGAGAGUUCCCACUUCUAUAUAGAAAAUUGUAGUGCAGGGGUUUUCAAGCUUUUCGGGCUCGUGUACCCCCAACAGCUAGUCAGCAAGUGGGAGUGGGGAGCGGUGGCAGUCGCCAAGCCCAGAACUGCCAGUGGUGAAACCAGAAGUGCUACCAGCGCACAGAUGAAUAGUCCCACUUCUCCACGCUGCUGCAGAGUACCCUCCGGGGGCUUCCCAAACACCCCCAUUUCAUCCUGUGCUGGAUUCAACUUAUUUUAUGCUUGAGUACCACCUGGUUUAGGGGUGGUUUAUCCAUGCUAAUUUUGUUUGGAUCUCUAUAAUUACCGCUGUUGGAAUUGAAGGGGUUUUCUGAUGGUUUUCCAAGACCAAUCAGCUGCUGGCUAUGCCAUGUUUUUGCUGUUGUUGUUGUCCAAUUUGUGAAUGACCUAAUAACAUCCCAAUCCCUGAACUGUCA